AUGAACCUCCUUCCAUCUGCACCAAAGAAGAGUUCGGCCUCUAAGCCUGCCAAGUCUAAAUCUGUCAAAAAGGGUAAAGGUAUUGUUACGGGUACCCUUAAGGUUUGUUCUGAUAUAGUUCCAUAUGUGGGGAACCUUUCCCAUAUUGGCAAUACAAUUCUUGAGAGCACUCAUUCUCCUGCUGUGAGGUCUCGUUCCGCCAGGAAGUCUGCCACGGUCAAGCCCAAGCCUCCAUUGCUGAGACAACCUUUAGAUGGUCCUCCCUCUAGCAGGACCUGUGGCAGCAAGAAGAAGACAUCUCCUUUAGUUUCAUCUGCCCCUUCUAAGAGAAGAUCUAAAAUCAAGGAGGUCACUUUUGCCACACGACAUAUUAUACUUGACGAGGUCGAGAUUAAGGCUGAGCCCAUUUCUUCUUAUGUUCCUAUGAGCAAGGAGGCUCCUAUUAGGCCCACUGCUGACACCGAGGCAACUUUUGCCAAGGAUGGUUCGCAUGAGGAUGGAGAGGUUUCUAUAGCGUCUAAUGCUUCCAUGAAGGGAUUCUUUGCAGAUGCCAAGAUGAUUGCAAAUGCAAUGGCUGUUGCCACUACUGUUGCUGUUGGUGAUGUUUCUACCAAGGCCCCGACUCCUUCACUAGAGUCAAUUCUUGUUGAGAAGGGAGCCCCUGUUGAAGAGAAGAUUCCAGAGGGACCCGGUCUUAUUACCAAGGGGAUUUUCGCUGAGGUUUCCACUCCUCCAAAGGGUGGUGCUUCUCCCACGGGUGCUCAAAUUGAGGAGGCUCCUUUCACCACUCCUCAUGUCAUAUCCUCUAGCGAUCCAUUUGCUACCCUUUCUCAAGUGGUUAGAGGUGGGCCUUCAUUAGUGGUUACUCCAUCUUCCAUUCCUGUGACUAUAGGCUCUGAGGUCCCUGAGAAGCAAGAAGUUGCAAGUGUUCUUGCAAAACCUACUCCUGCUGGAUCUAGUUUUUUGCAUGCUAAGGGAGCCCAGAGUGUUGUGAUGGAGGUUGGGAGUAGUUCUGCCACUGUUGCUGAUCUUAAGGAGGAGGUCACUUCUUUCUUUGUGCGUUUUGAGCAGAGGGAGAGAAAUGAUCUUUACCCCAUGGAUUUUUGGGGUAUCGAUCCUCCUUAUGUGGACUUUCAUGGAUACCAAGUGCCUAAGGACUGUUUAGAUCAUCUGCAAGCCAUUUACCAAGAUCAUGGGGAUUUCAUGCAAAAGUUCCCCCUUGGUCGUUCUGCUAGGGAGCACUUCCUCAAGUUGUUAGGCUGUGUUUUGAAUGACAUCCAACAUAACUUUAUUGACACGGUUUCUGUGGAGAAGAUCCUACAGUGGAGGGCAGUGAUCCAAGAGUUGAUCUGUGUUGAGUUUGAGUUGGGCUUUAUGCUGGAUCAACUUCGAGAGAUUGCUCGUGUCUUCUUUAGGAGGAAGGUUCAACCCGCUAUUGAUGCCAUUGAUGCCAGGAUUGAGAGCUUGAAAAAGGAGAUAGCAGAUUUGGAGGCUCAUCAUGCACAACUUCUUUCUAACGUGGCUGCCCCUGAUGAUUUCCAGGAUAAUCCUCUUAUUACCGUCCUUAUGUGAUUUCUGCUAUGUACUUGACUAUUUUAUUUCUGUAGUUGUGAUUAGCUAUUCUGUGGU